AUGGUAAAUAUUCUAAAACGAAAACAUGAGGACAAAGAUCUUGAUAAUCUCCUAACAAUUUCUCGAAGGGAACAGAUAUAUCGCAGUCUUUCUCAAGAUAGAGUGAGCCAUUGAAAGUCAACUCUCUUUGAAGUUUUCAUUUGGCUUGAUUCAACUAAUGGAAGAUUGAGCAAAACAAGCAAGCUCGAAAGCUUUUUAAAUUACUCAGCUCUUAUUAUAAGAAAAUUUCAACUUUUAUCCUUGAUCCUCUUGGAUUAUGAUCUAAGUGCAUCAGCUACUUUAUUGUCAAUUUUCAAUAUGUCAAUGAUAGGAAUAAGAUUUGAUGCUUUAGCAACAAAAUUAAAUGGCCAAACGAUUUAUCUUGUAGCAUUAUUGUCAAAUGUUUAUUUAUGAGGAUUUUUUGUUUUACUUUUAUACUGCCAAUUUUAUUUUAAAAAAAAUAUUCAAAGAAAAGUUGUUAUUGUCUGUGCACAAAUUACUGGGUGGCUCUGUGAGUAUAUUUUGCUCAUUCCUUACAUCUAUACAACUACAUUAUACAUUAAGUAUUCUUUGAUUUCAUAUAAAAGUGUAACUGAGUAUGGGGAUAUGAGUUCUGAUGACCUUGACUGAUUUUUUAUUUUGCCAUUGAUUUUUGGAGCAGUGAUUUUUCAAUUUUUGUUAUAUUUUAGACUAAUUUAUAGUUGCCAUCCAACAUAUUCGAUCAAGCAUAAACGAAGUAGGAUGUAUUCUUUUGCCACUUUAAAAGAUAUUUUCGUACAAGAAAUCAUAAUUGUUUUGUCGCUUUUUCGUUUCAAAUUUUACUUCGAGAUGAUAUGUAGUAUAUUAUGUUUGUACAUGAUUUCUCAGUAUGCUAUAUAUUUUCCUUUUGUUACAGUUAUUGAUAAUGUAUUUGAAGCAAGCACUUUUGUGUUGCUAAUAUUUGGAAUGAUUUCUUAUAUUAUAGCUGAUAGCUUGAAUGCUUUAUACACAAAAACACUUUUUAUUAUACUAGUUUUCCCUUUUAUCAUUUUUUUAUUUUAUUAUGCUAUGAAUUGAUUUUUUAAUAAAGUUAAUAACUGUCCAUUAAAAGACCCUUAUUCUGCUGAACUUGAAAUUCGAAAAAUUAUUAAUAAAAGAAUUAAUAGUUUCGGGAAUGAUGCUAUUGAGGAUAUUAAAAGCAUUUUUACAGAGAUAACAAAGAAGUUUUUAUCAUUUAAACUUAUCUUUAUCUGAGAGUGCAUAUUCACGUUACAUUUUAGACACAAUAAGUCUCUUGCACUACUAAAAUUAUCAAAAAUUAACUUAUCUUGCCCAGAGCAUUUAAAGAUUUAUUACAGUAAAGAUAGACAAAUUUCCAGAUAUUAUAGUUGUCCAAACUUAGAAUGUGAAUUUUUAUUUUAUUUUUAUUACAAGAAACUCAUAAACGAAGAAAAAUCCGAAGAUUUAGCUCUUUUGAGGUAUUUAAAGGACAUAAGCGAGCUUAAAGAUCUUGAUUUGGAUGUCUUCUUAGAACUAUGAAACAUUUAUCAAAAGCUUUCAAGCAUAUCAAAGCACCCUGCUAAUGAAAUUAAUAAGGCUUGCGAAAGACUUAUUGACUCAAAGCAAAAACUUGAAUCUAGAGCUGAAAAAUUAAUAAAAAAAUAUCAGACUGACUCUGAUCUAUUAGAAAUUUAUGGAUCUUAUAUGUCUGAAUUUUUGAAAGAAGAAAGAGGAGAUAUAAUCCUGGCAAAAAGUAGAGCGCUUAAGGAAUAUAAUGAUAUUGCGAUGGAAAAAAUAAUGGGGUUCAAAUUUGAAAAAGGGGCUUCUAUUAUGGUCGUAAGUGGGAUGUUUGGGUCAAUCGGUGAUAUUUUGUAUUUAAAUAAUGAAAUACUUCAUUUAUUGGAAUUAGAAUGUAUUGACGAUUACAUUGGCACAAGUUUUAUUCAGUUUAUUCCGGCUCCUUUUGAUAUCAUGCACAAUGAUAUUUUAAGAAAAUUUUUGAUUUUUGGUGACAAAAUUGAGUUGUACAGGCCUCAUCAUAAUUAAAAUAUGGGCGUCUUCGUCUGGGUAUGGCCUCCCGGCCAUACAGCCUCGACUCAUAUUUUAAUUAUAUCCGGCAAGGUUUUAUAUUUCAGAAAUGGACAGCAAUGCUAGGUAAACAAUUCUGGUUGUGUUCAGAGCCUAGCCCAAGUCUACUUUCAGGGAUGGUUUUUUCCUCGUGGGGAAGGGAGGCACGAAGUUGGAAAGGGGAAGCUCAGCCAAGUCCGUUAGGAUCAAUCGGGCAACUCCCUAGCGUGAAACUGGGCGUUACGUCCCAGGCUAUGUGUUUUUCCUUUUUUCCGACAGCCGACCAGAAAAUCCAUUUUUUAUGGAUUUUCGGAAAGGCAACCCAUGUAGUCAAGCAAGUAGCUCAUUCAUGAGCCGUCGAAGCCGACAACGUUUGCCCUAGAAGCACCCUGGCGCAACAAAGCUGGUCGACCCAGAGACCAGUGGGCCCGAUGCGACGAAAGGUGAGCGAUAGCUCUGGGAACACCAACUGGACGUUAAGCGUUAUUAAUCUAAUGUAAUGUAAUGUACAGGGCCUCAUCAAUUUUUAAUUACAAGCCAAGGUCACUGUGUAGAGGUUAGUAUGCAUUUUCGUCUUGUUUUUUAUAAGCAAAUUCCUUAUUUUAUAGCUGAUUUUAACCCAAGAGGACACAGAAAAAAUUUAAUCUUGCAUUCUCCAGACGGUUAUAUAUAUGCAGUUUCAAAAGAAAUUCAAAAAUACAUCGGAAAUCGAGAAGGAACUAUUUUCGAGAUCCUUAAAAACUUCAUUUAUUACUAUGAAAAAUAUGAAAUUGGCGAAUGCUUUGAGUAUAAUGAAGAGUUUUCAUGAACAAUGAUGAGGUUUAGGCUAACAAUAGAUGGAUAUGCACUAGAAGUUUUAUAUAUAGCUGAUUCAAAUGAAGCCAUAACUCCAUUAGAUGAAUCACCUAAACUGAAAUACCAAAACAAGUCUUAUAAUGAAACUACUCAUUUAGCAGAAUUUUCUAUAGAAAAUGAAGAAAUUUCUUUAAAAAACCAUAUCGUCAGCAGCAAUGCUGAAAACUCAACGGUUGCAUCAAAAAAGAGAAUCCAAAUUAGAACGGAGUCUGCGAAUAAGAGGAUUUUAGCAAUGUGCAAAGUUUUGAAUAUGAAUAUAAGAAUUGCUUUAGCCAUUUUAUUUGCUGUUACUUUUACAACUAUAUUUCUGGAGAAUAAUUUUGUGAGCAGUUUAAAAUUAUAUGAUAUGCUCAACCAAAUGGCUUUGAUGAGAUAUUUAGGAAAUUCUGUUCUUGUUAAUAUAAGAUCUUUGGAUUUACUAAGUCAAGGGUUUGAGACAUCAUCUUCAGAGGCUUAUUAUAGAAAUUUGGCAAAAGUAAACUCAAAUACCCUUCAAGAAAACUUAAUGCUUGUUAAUGAUAAAUUAACAUCUUACAGUUUUUUUCAUGAUGUGUUUUAUACAAAGGUUUCUUUAUCAGAAAAAAUUGAUAAUUCUAUAAGAAUUACUGAUGAAAAUUUAUUUCAUUGCAUUCAAAGGUACGUUUCGCACGUGAAUGCAAUAGUUAACACAAAACUUGAAGAUUUUCAUACAAUUCCUUCAGACUUUUAUUUUGUCUAUUACAAUUUUCCUACCAUAAUUUUGCAUGCUUUAAACGAUAGCGUGUAUACAACAUCAACAGAUUUUAAAGAACAUGUUGAAGAUAUAAUCAAUUCCCUUGAAUAGUCCUGCAAGGGUAUGCAUUUUAAGUAGAACUCCUGAGUUUGGUUGGGCCAGCAAGUGAGUUGGUCCUACCAACCCUAGAAAAAGCCUGCCCUUACAGGGCCAUCAAAGAGAAAACACUAUACAUUUAGAUUUCUAAAACUUUUCAAAAUAGCUUUUUUCAUUCCUCCAAUUAUUAUCAUUAUUUUAUCAUUGCCAAGUAUUAUUGUGCUUGAAAAGAUAAACAAAACAAAUUGACACAGCCUUUCACAUCUAAACGCCGAUAAGAGAUCAACUAUAAGAUAUAAACUUAUUGAUCGGCUUCACAAUUUGCAUGGGAUAGACGUUAAUAAUAUCAAACUCAAAUCCAGUGGCAAAGAAAAUUAUUCUCCAAUUUGAAAAUCUUUCAUUAUAAAAAUCCUUUCAUUACAGGUGAUUAGUAUCAUCUAUUAUUUUGCUGUUUCGUAUGGAUUUGAGGCUGAUUUAAGUGAAACUUUUAUCUAUGAAUCAAAAUACAUUUUUAAUCAUGGACUAAGAAGAAUGCUUUCUGCGAAUUCUUAUUUCUGGGCAAGAGAGAAGUUUUUAGACAGUGUAAAUUCUUCUUUUAUCAAUUGACUCGACAAUAAUAAACUGGCAACACCCUCAUUUUCAGUAAAGCUUGAAUCAGUGACUGAUGAGUAUGAAUUUCUUAUACAAACAUUAAGUUAUGGAAAAUACGCAAAAUUUUAUAAUGAUGAUAUGAUUGAGCUGGAAUUUGGAAACCCUUGUAAGAUCAUUGGAGAAUCGAUAACAAACUGUGAUAGUAGUUAUAUUAGUGCGGGAACAGUUCCAGCAAUGAAAAUUUAUUUGGAAGAUUUGAGAGGCAGUUCUAUUUAUAGCCAGUCGAAUUGGAAAAAUAUCAAAAAAUUAGAAGUAUACUCGAGUUUAAUAGUAAAAUCUGCACAGUAUAUGAUGUUUAAUUAUCUCAAUGCGACUGAAAGCAAUAUUGAAAACACUAUAGCAAACUUAACAAUUGCUACAGUGUUUUAUUUUAUCAGUAUUGUGUUUGCAUCAAUUAUUUUGAUGCUUGGUGCUGUAAACAAAAUCAAAAAAGAAUUAAUAGGCAAAAUCGAGAUUUUGAAGUUUUUUAGAAAUUAA